UCAUGCCUGAACCAGCCAAACCCGCGCCCAAGAAGGGCUCUAAGAAGGCCGUCACCAAGACCGCCGUUAAGGGAGGAAAGAAGCGCAGAAAGUCCAGGAAGGAGAGUUACGCCAUCUACGUGUACAAAGUGCUCAAGCAGGUCCACCCCGACACCGGCAUCUCUUCCAAGGCGAUGGGCAUCAUGAACUCUUUCGUCAACGACAUCUUCGAGCGCAUCGCCGGUGAGUCGUCUCGUCUCGCGCACUACAACAAGCGCUCCACCAUCACGUCGAGAGAGAUCCAGACCGCCGUGCGUCUGCUGCUGCCGGGUGAACUCGCCAAACACGCCGUGUCCGAGGGCACCAAAGCCGUCACCAAGUACACCAGCUCCAAGUAAAGCGCCGCUUUCAUCCGCCGCACACAAAGGCUCUUUUAAGAGCCACACACUUAAUCCUUUAAAAGAGAUUCUCAUAUUUGUAAAGUUUUGAGCUGUAUUUUUUUCAUCAUUGUUGUGAUUUAAAUUACGACGCGACAUACGGCAAAUAAAAUUGCAAAAAAUCGUUUUAUCUUAAAGAAAUCAUGUUUUAAUGUAAAUAUAAAUGUAAAGGUUUGAAUUUAGUUAUUAGCACAACACACACCACCACUGACCUCUUCUGAUGUAUAACAACAUAACACAACAAAUGAAUGACUUAUGUGAUGACAAAAGAUGAUGCAUGUUUUUGAGAGACAACAUUGUUGUAUUUCUGUGAAACCAGAAGCAAUAAUAUUUGAAAAAUGGAGAAGUGAUGUCUCUUCAUAGACCACAACAAAGUUCAUUUGAAUUAUCUUCUGUUUUUCUUGUGCUGAUUUAUGAGAAAUAUACGUCAAACCAAAAGGUAUUCAGACAUCUUCAACAUGUUUCAUACGAUCACAGUUUAUUCGCUAUAGUUUAUAAAACAGUAAUAAAAUAUGUCAAGAACUCAGAGUUAAACUGUGUCAGAACUAAACCAUGUUGAUAAUGUCAGGUGACUUUGACAGAAAGGUUUGUGUUAGGUUAGACUCAUGUCUCUCACAGGAGUGAGUGUUUGUGCUUCUGUGUUUCACUCCUCUAGCUUUGAGGAGGUAGAUGAGAUGUGGUGAGAAUGGAUUCAGGGGAUGUAGACCAGUCACACACAUCUUGUGUUCCUCCUAUGAGGAGCUUGUGGAGACAGUCGCUCAGUUAAAUGUUUACCUUAGUUAAAUCUUGGUCUAGACUGAUUGGCUAGAUUUUCUUAUUUGCUCUUUCAGUGGCGUGUGGAGGACUUAUGGCCACUUUACCCUCAUUGGCUAGUGAGUUUUUGAUUGACAGCUCCCUGACCAGGAAGCUGAUACUGAAGACAGUGCAGCAGAUUAGAGACAGAUCUGCAUGCAGUUUUCUGUUUUGUUUUUUUAUGUAGUGCUUGUACUUAAAUCACUUUCUUAUUUAGUUAGUAUUAGCAGGGUUAAUAAUGUAACGGAGGCAAGCUAGUGUAGAGCUGUGCAGUAUGUAAACCUCACUCCCCGGCCUCAAGGACGCUCUAGCGACAGAUGCUAGAGACUGCGGUCUUUAACCUCCUCGCUAGAGCGCCCGACCCCCAUGCAGGACCAAACCGGUUCGAGGCCCGCUGAGAGUGGUGCGGAGCGUUCCGGUUACACUAACUCUAACGCAGGGUGGGACACACACUUUCAGGCUCUUCCCUCUGUGACAACAAGCCAACGUUGAGUAAACACAGAAUUGUUUACUUUCAUUUUUACUGGCACAAAAAUAACUCAACAUAUUCAUCCUCUGUUUUCCAAACAAGCAAAUAUCUUCUUCAAUAUUGCUGGUGUUGCUGAACAUGUGUCUGUCGCCUGCCUCGACAUCGUCCCUGAUGUGGCAUUUAUAUAGCGCAUUAUUGUGUAUUGCUGUACACCGAAAGCGCUUUAAAAUCACAUGAGGGGGGGUCUCUCCUCAACCAGCACCAGUGUACCAGAUAGUCUUGUAUAACUUUAACAUCCUGUCUUAAUAAUGUCUGCCCUCUCACAUCUAGGCCUGCACGUAUAACACCCUCUUGCCCCUGUCUGUCUGAGACUAUCUCACCAUCAGAUCAAGCUAAGGGCUGUGGAGAGGAAGUAGUGCAAGUCUAGAGAUCCUGUUGACCUCAUUAAGUAUCAAUAUCUUCUCAACACCUUUGUACUGAUUUGUACUGACAUUGUUCUAAGACUGAUGUCCUGCCUGUCAUUUUAAAUUUAUGGAGACAAGAGCUUAGUCUCUGUCAUCUGUCCUAAUUCUGCUUAACACUUGACACUGUGAACCACCAGAUCCUGCUGAGUUUGUGCUGUCAGUUUUGGAUUUAGUGUUGUGAAAUCACAGAUGUAGUAUAUUCUGAAAUCUGAAUAAAGAAGAUUUAUAUUGAUGUAUGAGUUGUUAGAAUAGGACAAUAUCUGACUGAGAUACAACCGUUUAAAACUCAGGAUUCUCUGCCAAUGGGGUAAGAAAAAUAAUCUUGAAUUGAGUGACUAACUAAAAUGUAAACCUUAAUUCAAGAUUACUUUUCUUACCCCAUUGGCAUAUUUUUUUUGCUUGUUUUAAACAAACAUUCACUGAAAAUUCAUAUUUUUUUACUAAAAACAAGACUUAUUUUCAUCGGUAAUUUUGCUCAU